AUGUCUGGAAGAGGCAAAGGAGGCAAAGGACUCGGUAAAGGAGGCGCCAAGCGUCACCGUAAAGUCCUCCGUGAUAACAUCCAGGGAAUCACCAAGCCCGCUAUCCGCCGUCUGGCUCGCCGUGGUGGAGUCAAACGUAUCUCUGGUCUCAUCUACGAGGAGACCCGAGGUGUGUUGAAGGUCUUCCUGGAGAACGUCAUCCGUGAUGCCGUCACCUACACCGAGCACGCCAAGAGGAAGACAGUCACCGCCAUGGAUGUGGUCUACGCUCUCAAGAGACAGGGACGCACUCUCUACGGCUUCGGAGCGACAAUGGCUGAGGGUGAAAAACGAGUAGCGAAGAAGGGCAACAAGAAAGCUCUGCCUAAGAAAUCUAAGGACGGCAGGAAAAGGAGAAAGGCCAGGAAGCAGAGCUACGGCAUCUACGUCUACAAAGUCCUGAAACAGGUCCAUCCUGACACCGGCAUCUCCUCCAAGGCCAUGAGCAUCAUGAACUCCUUUGUGUGUGACAUCUUUGAGCGCAUCGCUGGAGAGGCCUCCCGUCUGGCUCAUUACAACAAGCGCUCCACCAUCACCUCCAGGGAGAUCCAGACCGCCGUCCGCCUGCUGCUGCCCGGAGAGCUGGCCAAGCACGCCGUGUCUGAGGGCACCAAGGCCGUCACCAAGUACACCAGCUCCAAGUUUAACUCUGACUAUAACAAAAUGAGUGGACGCGGAAAGGGAGGAAAAGGACUCGGCAAAGGAGGCGCCAAGCGUCACCGCAAAGUUCUCCGUGAUAACAUCCAGGGAAUCACUAAGCCCGCUAUCCGUCGUUUGGCUCGCCGUGGUGGAGUCAAGCGUAUUUCUGGUCUCAUCUAUGAGGAGACCCGCGGAGUGUUGAAGGUCUUUCUGGAGAACGUCAUCCGUGAUGCCGUCACCUACACCGAGCACGCCAAGAGGAAGACUGUCACCGCCAUGGAUGUGGUCUACGCUCUCAAGAGACAGGGACGCACUCUCUACGGCUUCGGAGGUUAAACUCACAUCUUAACGACAAAACACAACGGCUCUUUUAAGAGCCACCCACACUGUUUUAAGAGCUUUCCACAGCUAAAUUCCCGAUUUUUAUCUGCCAUUAGCCAUUUGUGGACCGAGCGUGACUUUGUUCUCAGUACGGGCUAUGAGCAGAUCAUAAGUAAGAAAUUCAUAUUGUAUUUGAUUUCACUGCCUGCUUGGGGAAAACAAUUGUGAAGCACAGUCUUCUACUGUCAGACUUCUGUCAAACUAGUGUUCUGUGUAACACAUCAUGUCUGAGUACAUACGGAUGUUCUCAUAUUUCAGAAGGACUUUUACACAAGAAUGUCAGAAUCCUCUUGUUUAACCAAAACCAUAUUGAAGACGGUACACAAAAACAAAAACCUAAAUCAGACUGUGUUAUGUGCUCACAAAUCUGACUAAUGGAAAAUAAAAUAACCAGGGUCAACACA